AUGUUUUUGACAACGAGUAAGCCAAAGGAAUUGCCUUUCGGCCGGAUCCACGAUGUACUAUUUCAAAUCAUCAUCAACGGGGAUAUGGAUACCCUUAUGACCCUCUGUCUGGUAAAUAAGAGUACUUAUGAAGUGAUCCAAAGCAUGGAGCAACAUAUCUGCGGAUAUUUCAUGCGUUCCCAUGGCAUCACAGCGUUUGACCCGGCUCUUACCUUAAACCCUUGGACGGGAGGCCAGAAUGCCGUCACGGUGCACAACAUUCGAAAAUUCACCGAGCGCCAGGAUAUUGCGCACAGGCUGGCCCACCAUAUUGUGCCUUCGGUGUGGGGUUCCAUCUCCGAUGACGAACCAUCAAUAAUGAGCCUCAAAGCGGAGCUCCAGCUGGCCCAAGGGCUAGAGCGUGGCCUCUAUGUGCUUUUCCACAUGGCGGACAUCGCCCAUCCGACUAGAAAAGUCUCAAACCCACUCAUCACCGGAAGACUGAAGGUGCUCAGCAAGAUACUGGACGAAUAUAACCGCUUACCGCUGCCCAGGCGAAAGGUCGUAUCAUUUGAGAACUAUGCCAGCCAUAUCCAAGGGGUCCUGAAAUACGGAUAUAAAGAGGCCGAUAUCGGCACAAGACGAUUAGCGCUUCGAUGGCACUUCGACAAGCCGACGCAAGUUGACUUCUACGCCACCAUCCGCAUGUUGCGCGAGCUCAUGGAGCGCAUGCUCCUGCGGCACGGACCCAAGGAUUACCAUCGAGACACCAACGACGAGUUCAGUGUUAUCUCGUGGUUCCUAUUGAAGCAAUCGCCGCAGUCUCUGGAGAAGCUGUUCCUCGGCCCUCAGGAUGAUUGCUGCACGUUCAAGCCGGACUCCACUGACUGUAGUGUCAAGCAAUGCUACUUUUCAGACCAGCUGGACGACUACUGGAGAGCCUGGAAGGAUGUUCCCGACUUGGGGUGUCAGGACUGCGACUGCAAGCGGCGGGUCCGAAGCUGGAGCGUGAAGCCCGCGCUGAUCGACCACGCAGGGGUGUUGGAUCGUACAGCAGAGCGUUAUCUCAAAGAGAUGUGGACUCAACGACAUGGGCCGUACCAUGAUUUUUGGAUAUUUUAA